AUGGCAGUCGGCCGCUGCACAGGGGAGAACACCCGCCGCUGCAUCAUGGAUGUGGUGGAAGCCGCGCCUGAAAUGCGUCGUGUCUGGUCUCCCUUCGAGAUGAAGUUGCGGGUGUCCAUCACUGACCGCUUUGGUGCGAACGGCCGUGCAGAGGCAGGACUUACUGAGGAGGGCUUUCUUCCAGAGUUCCCAUUCUGCCAUGUGGCAUGUGACGUGCAUCGCCUGUCCACUGCCACUGGCAACGCAACGAUGCUGAUGUCGGAGGAUGUGUCCGGCGUCCUGAACACAGGACUGGCGUGUGGCUCACUUGGUACCACACGCAGGCUACGGGAGAUCCUUGCACAGAUCUUGGAGCAAGAUCUGGAAGUCGAGUUUGGUGCCCCCCCAACUGGACCAGUGGCAGAGCAUGCUUCAGCAAUGCUCGACCUUCUUCUGCCGUCAGAUGCUCCUUCCCGUGCACAGCGCAAACAGAACUGCUUGAGAAAGUUCAUACUUCGCAGGUUCUUGAAUGGGGACCUUGCCAGCCCACGAAUCCGUCACCACUGCUGUUACGGUUGCUGCCGAUCUGAGGCAGCUACACGGGCGCUCUUUCGAACUUAUGUAGUGUGGGCUUUGAUCCCUGCCCGAAUACCCGUGUACUCCCGGAAAUCAUGGGUGGGGUAUGACUUGGCUGUGGAUGCAAUCGCGCUGUUGGAGGCCCACCACGGCUUGUUCUCGCAACUGAUGAACAAAUUCGUGGGCCCACCCAGGCUUGGUCCUACUACUGCAGGACAGGCGCCAGACGAGAGACCUGGCCGGGGAUGGCUAGAUGCUAUGGACGCAGAGGCUUUUGUUGAUGCGCAGCUGUUGCAAGGGCCACAAGGGCAGCCAGCAGCGCCCGAAGGCGAGCAGCAAGUGGAGGCAGGGGCUGUGGAACAAAACGGAGACUAUUGGGCGGAAUUCAACCGCAGAAAGAAGCUGGACGUGCAGACAUGGUAUGGCGCAAACCCUGGGCGUCGGCUGCUGUUGCUGAAAGAGUUGCUGGCUAUUAUGUUGGGACUCAUGGCGCAUUUCCUUUAUGUUGGCAGCAAGCGUUGGGAAGAGAAGCAAAUGUUGAAGGCUGCGCGGGGGCAAACACGCAAGUUCCUGGUGGUGGAAGCUGCUCUUGGGAGGCCGGUGGCAGAUGCCAUGACUCGUCUGAAAAACCUGGUGCAGAGACCUAUGCAAGCUAUCCCUUUCAGUGAGGUUGGUGCAGCAUUAGCAUCUUUGCGCUUCCGCCUGAGCUCUGCUGCGCUGACAGCGAUGCACGUUCUGAUACGCACGCCUCGCACAAAUCCGCCCUACAGUGUUUUUGCACUCCUGGCACCUGAGGAGCAGGCCCGUGUGGAUGCUCAGAACAAGCUCUGCUCCACUCCGCGCUGCAUGUGGGACCAGCUCUACACCUUACUGCGGAGCAAGUUUCCUGAAGACCAGGAGCUCUUGCAAACAGAUUGCCAAGCUGUUUUGCUGGCUUUAGCUGCAGUAUAUGCAGUGGACAUCAGCGCCAUUGAAUCACGGCACGCAUCCACACGUGAAUUCACGACGCUAAGGUCGAGAGGCUGGGUGCCAAACUUAGAAGCUGUUGGUUCCAAGUUUGUGACACAGCGCUAUGCCAAUGCACCAUCUCAGACAGAGCGCCAAGCAAGUGCAAGUGACGGUGCACCAGCAAAAGCUCGGCGGGGCGGCGGCGGUGCUUGGAGAGCAUUUGUGGCUGACGUGAGCUCUGGGAGCCAGAUCAAGGACUUUCGCAGCCUAGGUGAGCAAUACCGGGCACUCUCCGACGCAGAGAGGGCGCACUACCAGGAGGCAGGCGCAGCUGGAACUGUUGCCCACAAGGCCGGUUUCCCUUCCUUCGGCCCACGGGAUCGAAGGCCAAAAGGCAUUGUGCCGCCACGAGCAUUGCCAGGCACCGUGACAGAAACUGGGGCACUGGUUGCACUUGACACAGAGCGUGAGUGGCAAGUUGCGCCUUACACUGGCCCCACAUUUGAGGACGCGCUGGAGGAAUAUGCGCUGCAGCUGAAUCGUGCAUUGGGCACUGAUGCUCUAACCAAGCAGGAGGGACAGGAGCUGCUGAGUUUUCAGCAGGAGGUCCCUCAAAAUAUUGACAUGCUCACAGCGCUGCAGCCGCACUCCGAGCUUGCUACAGGGCUGGCCCGCGAUGUUUUUGCAAAAGAUUCUACAGCUUCAGCAGGCAUCAACAUGACUGGUUUCAGCUGGCUCCCUCCCACAGCAGCUUUGGUGGAGGCCUGUAUCCUGCAGGGUCUCAGCUAA